AUGGGACUCCCGGUAGACGAGAACGGGUGUAAACUGAUCCUGACAACCAGGAAGCUGGAUGUGUGUAACCAGAUGGAAUGCCAAGUUUCUGUCAAAGUAGAGACUCUCCUCGAGAAUGAAGCUUGGCACUCGUUCAUGAAGAAUCUGGGGCGCACAAAAGCCUUCCCACCUGAAGUAGAAAAUAUAGCAAGGUCUGUCGCACAGGAAUGCAGAGGUUUGCCUCUUGGGAUUGUGGUGGUUUCUGGAAGCAUGAGGGGGACGGAGGACAUCCAUGAGUGGAGAAAUGCAUUAGAAGCAUUGAAAGAAGCAAACUUCACGGAAGAAUGCAUGAAAGAGAAGGUAUUUGGUGUUUUGAGAAUUAGCUAUACUCGACUGAAUGAUGCGAUGGCGCAACGGUGUUUCCUGCAUAUGGCAUUAUAUCCUGAGGAUUACAUGACUGAAAGAAGUGAGCUCAUUCGAUAUUUCAUGGAUAUCCGAUUGAUAUGCAGCAGAAGUCGGGAAGUGGAGUACCAUAGGGGACAUACGUUGGUGAAUAAAUUACUUAACGUCUGCUUGUUGGAAAGUGUUAAACGCACGAACAUCUCUGGACAAGAAACUGAGGAAUUGAAGAUGCAUGACUUGCUCAGGGACAUGGCAAUCCACAUGAUGAGAUCUAGAUAUAUGGUGAAAGCAGGGUUGCAUUUGAGAGAGAUACCUGAAGAGGCAAAAUGGACAGAGAAUCUUGAGGGAGUUUCCUUAAUGGGAAAUCUCAUUGAGGGAAUCCCGGAAGGGAUAGCGACCAAGUGUCCUAGACUUAAGUUCCUUCGCUUGAGCAAUAACACUUCCUUGAAGGCAUUACCCAAUGCGUUUUUCGAAAACAUGCCUGCUCUCCAAGUUCUCGAUCUAUCUCGGACAAAUAUCAAGUUUCUGCCAUGUUCAACAUCCAACUUGAAGAACCUCAUUGCAUUGUUGCUCGGGGGGUGCAGGGGAUUAGAAUUAGUCCCAUCUGUGGAAAAGAUGGAGGAGUUAAGAACUUUAGAUCUGUGUGAAAGUGGAAUCCGGGAUGCACCUGAAGGGUUAGAGAGAUUGGUAAAUCUAAGAAGUUUUGAUUUGAAUGGUUCAGACCCAAGGAAACUGCCUCUUGGAGUUCUGCCGAAACUUGCUCAUCUGCAAUACCUCAACCUUGGCAGUAAAUUUUAUGCGGCAGGAAGGGAGAUAAUGAGUAUGAGAAACUUGGAAGAUUUAAAAUGCAAUUUCGCUGAUGAAAAUGAAUUUAAUCUGUACACGGCAUAUCUGAAUGAUGGAAAAGGUCCAAAGAAGUGGGACUUGAGACUGGGAUGUGUCGAUUAUGAUGAGGCUCUAAUAGGAAGCAUGGAAGAUUAUAACAAAAUCGUGAGAUUAAGUUGCAUCGCUCAAGGAUGGCAAUGGGAAGAGCGGCUUCUGCUCCCAAGAGAAGUUGAAUUGCUGAUAAUUGAAAGGUUGGUGGAGGAUGACCUGAGAAGCCUAAUGAACAUCCCAUCAUUUCAACAGGUAACCAACAUGAAGGCCUGCAUGAUUGGGAAAGUUAAAUCCAUGGAGUGUGUGGUUCUGCUGUCCAUGGAUUUCCUCUCACACAGAUACAGCCAUCUUCGAAGCCUUGAGUUUCUAAGACUAGAUACACUUGAGGACCUCCGCGUCCUAGUGGAGGUAGAAGAGAACUUUGCUGCUGCGAGUGCAUUCCUGCGGGUGCUAUCCAAAAAUAAUACCUUCUGGGGUCUGAAAAAGCUCGAAAUCAGUAAAUGCUGCAAAAUGAAGAAGCUGCUGACCCACUCGCUGCUGCCCCUCCUCGCAAACUUGGAGGUGCUUUCUAUCCAAUGCUGCAGCGAAGUCGAGGAGCUCAUAAAAGUGACAGGAGACCAAACAACUUCUGCUUUAACUCUCCCAAAGUUAAGGACUUUAGUGUUAAGGGAUUUACACGCGCUGGAAAGCAUAUGUAGCAGCACAAUAGUCUGUAAUUCUCUUGAGUAUAUUACACUCGAAGGAUGUUGCAAGCUGAGAAGGAUACCGCUCCGUGUAUGCCUCCCUCAGGAGGCGGAACCACCUUCUUCUUAUCUUUCUUCUGCUGGCUCUCGUACUCUCCAACGGAUAGAGAUUACGUACAAUGACAUGGGAUGUUCAAUGAGAUAUAUGUUCUCGUGUGUCGAUUUCUGGCCUUUACCGAAUCUCUUCCAUCGACGAUGGCUACCUAUCUUAGUUGCCGAUUUGUAA